AUGGUCUCACUGGCAAAUGGAUUUUUUCUACUAUUAGUUUGCUCGCUCAACAGUUGCGUGGAGUUUUGCGCCAAUGCUUCCAAUAUACCAAAACCGCCUGCAAAAAAGGCUAUAUCGCCUAUUGAACCGAAACCUUGCGAAGCAGUGAGCAAAUGUGUUGUGGAUGCAAAUACCGAGCCUGUAUGCCGGUAUGAUGACAAUGAGGGCUGCGUACGGAAAUAUGAGUCAUUAUGCCAUUUGAAAAUAGCAGCUUGUAAAGCUAAAAAGGAUUAUGCAGAUUACAGCAACAUCUACUGUUCAAUGGAGACAUAUUUGUGUGAAGAGGGUUACGGGCGUUGGACGAUAUUUUUUGGAUAUGAA